AUGCCGUCUUCAGCGGCGUCGUCGCCUUCAUCCUCAUCUUCCGCACCAAUCUCAGCUACGCGAGAUACUGGGAGGGGCGAACAAUGCUCGCUCAAAUGAGCUCGAAAUGGGGCGACGCAGCAAUCCAGGUGAUAUCGUUCGACGAGGGAGCCAAGGAGCCCGUGCCGGGCGGGAUUCGAUUCCGCUCCGAGUUUGUACACACCAUGAGCCUCAUGCACGCGCUCGCGCUGCAGAGACUAAGAGGAGACUCCUACCUGAGCAACCUAACUUAUGGUCGCUUCAUGGACAUCCCACCAGAGCCGCCAGUGGACGCUGAUCAGGUGGAGGAGUGGAACCGAGUGCGCGGGAACAAGUCCCUUGUGUUCCUAAGGGCCCACCGCCCCCACCUCGAGAAGUACUGGCGGGCGCUGCCGCUGGCAGUGCUGGGGGGAGUGAACCCCACGGAGUGCAGCAUCCUGGAACCUUCCCGCGACCGUGUGUACCUGGUGAUGUGCUGGCUGCACCGCGCGCUCGUGGCUCGCCGCAUGGCGGGGGGCAUCUCUCAGGACGCCCCUAUCGUGUCCAGAAUAUACCAAGUGUUGUCAGACGGUAUGCUGGGGUACGAGAACGCGCUCAAGAUAGUGAACACGCCCUUCCCCUUCCCCUUCGCGCAGUGCGUGGCGCUCCUCCUGCACAUCAACGCCCUCGUCAUCCCGCUGCUCAUGGCCGACUGGCUCGCAGACCCGCUCCUAGCCUCCGCCAUCACCCUCCUCUCCGUCUUCUCCUUCUACCUUCUCAACGAAGUGGCGAGGGAGAUCGAAGAGCCGUUUCGGUUCGACCCGAAUGAUCUUCCCGUGGUGUAUCUGCAUCAUAAGUUUAAUGAGCGGCUUGUGACAGCGUUUUCGAGAAGUGUUUUUCCUGCGGACGGGCUGUUUACGCAUAUUGACGAGAAGGAAAUGGCGUGGCUUUUAGCUAAGCACCGGCCGGUGACAGUGGUGAAGGGAGCGGAGGAGGAGAAGGUGGGAGUGGUUGCUAAAGACUGUGUUAUCGAUGUGCUGUGCGGCGAUGAGCCUGGAGAGAAGGUUCGGGCCGAGGCUGGCUCGGAGGCGUUCGCGAGUCCUUCCCCCGACUACGCUCCACCUAAGCCACCAACCAAUACCAUUAACGGCAACGCCUGCUGCUCUACCUUGGAGGCUCCUCCUGAACCAGAAAUUGCCUUAGGAAGUGUUCCUGCUCCUGCUGCUGCUCCUGCAAAGCAGCUGGGAGAGGGGCUGGAGCGGCAGGAGCCGCCAACCAAGCAAGCAAGCUAA